UUUUAAUGAUUAAUUCUGUAAUAUAUGUCUCUGGAUAUAGGUGGGAUUGGUCUUGAAAAUGGAGAAGCUUGGAAAACGCACCGAAGAUGGGUAGUCACUGGUCUCCGACACUUCGGGAUGGGCAAGAGGAGUCUUGAGGAACAAGUUCGUGUUGAGGCUAGCAAACUAUGCUCGGAGAUUGAGAAAGAACGUGGCAAAUUCUAUCCACUAAAAUGUAUUGCGAAUGCCGUAUCCAACAUAAUCUGUUCUGUCAGUUUUGGAAAACGGUAUGAAUACGAUGAUCCACAAUUCCAAGAUCUUCUUACAAACGUGAAUGGAUAUUUUUCAUACUCCCACUUCGGUAGGAUACAAGACGCGCUGCCAUUUCUAAUUAAAUUAUUUUCAAAACGAAAGCAACAUGCAGACAAUAUUGUUCGGUUUUUACACAUGCAUAUGGACGAACACAAAAACACAUUUGAUAAAAGCAACAUCCGCGAUCUUGUUGAUAUGCUUCUGUUGCAAGUAGAAGAGGAUCCUGAAGAAGGAGAAUCCAUGCCUGGUGUAGACAAAUCAAUCAGCAACCCUGGAAAAAGUAUACCUCAUGCGGGAAAGUCAGUCUACAUUGCGGGAAAGUCUGUGUCCGCCAAUGUUGCUAAUCUGUGGAGAUCGAUUCUGACGCUUUUUAUGGCAGGGAGCGAUACUACGACUAACACAAUUAUGUGGUUUAUCUUGUACAUGACCUGUUAUCCUGCGAUACAAAAACGAGUAAGUACAUUAACAUACAAAAUGUAUUAAUUUGUUUCUAUUUCAAUAAUUUCAAAAGAGUCUGUAGCGGUUUAAGAUUGAUUGACACAUCAAUACUGCUGUUGGUUCAACAUCCCCAACUCAUCAUAAUCAGUGGCGGAUCCAGCAAAUUGAAGUAGGCCUAAAUGGAGUUACUUUCACGCAUGGCGGUUUUUGACUACCUCAGCACCACCAUGGUAUAAGCUGAGAAAAGAAAUUUAUUAUUAAUUAUUAUUAUUUAUUAUUAUUGUUCUAGCUUAUACUAAUGU